GCUUUCCUGUGUCAGAAUGCUGUCAUUAGAACUGAUGGGGCUCUGUACUCUAACUGGGCCUUGGAUCGUCUCUUAACAGCGUCAGGGUUGCCGUGGUAAUGGAUGGACAGAAGGAAGAGCAGAGGCCCCUCGGCAGUACGCCCACGUGUAACGGUGUUUCUGAGCGGCGCUCAUUGGUGUUGGUGUCUGAAGCCCAUGGGCAGCAGAUACUGAGCGUGCUCCGUGGUUUCCGGGACAGAGGCGUGCUCUUCGACUUCAGCAUCCACGUCCAGAGUGAGACGUUUCUGUGCCAUCGCUGUGUCCUCGCCGCCUGCAGUGACUUCUUCAGAGCCAUGUUCGAAGUGAACAUGCGUGAGCGUGAUGAUGGCACAGUUACCCUCAGCAAUCUCUCCCCACAAGCUGUACGUGCCUUCCUGGACUUUGCAUACUCGGGUGAGAGCGAGAUCGGGGAGGAGAAUGUGGACAUGCUCUUUCAGCUCGCAUCCUUUCUGCAGGUGAGUGUACUCUCUCGUGCCUGCAGUGACUUCCUGGUCCAAACCCUCGACCUUUCUAAUUGCCUCCAUCUCCUGGCAAUUGCCGAAGGCUAUGGCUCGCCGCGCCUCUUACACCGCUCCACUGAGUUUGUUGUGGCCAACUUCCAUGUGCUCUCCUCCAGCCCGGACUUCCUGGAGAUGCCAGUACGGGUGCUGGAGCGCUGUCUGUCUGCUGACUCCCUCAGCGUCCCAGAUGAGGAGAGCGUGUUGCGAUCCCUGCUCUGUUGGACCCGGCAUGAGCCACAGAAGCGCCUCUCCCUGCUUCCAGAGCUUCUGUCCUAUGUCCGACUGCACCAACUUCCCCUUGCCCUCCUGGAGGAAAUGGGCCGAUCAGAGCCACUAUUGCGGGAUGAGAAGGAGUGUUUCCGAGUGAUAGGGGAAGCUCUGGAACAGACAAGGGAGUUUGGCGGCUUCUUCCUGGAUGCCCGUCCAUCCACCACAGCCAGCUACAUCUAUGUGCACAAGACUGAGGAGGACGGGGUGACCCACCAUGCUUUCUGCUAUGAUGUGGCAGCUGACCGGUGGCGUGAGCUUCCCCGGGAUGCCGCAAGACUUGUCGAUUUGCCGGGCUCAUCCCUAGCUGGCUUUGCGGAGAAGCUGUUUGUGACUGGAGGCUGUCGAGGCAACUGUUGCCGGACAGUGCGGCUCCACAUCGCAGAGCCUAAGCACGAAGCCACCGACGAGGUUUGGUACUACUGUCCUGUCAUGGGCAGCUUUGUCCAGGCCCCGGCCAUGGGGAAAGCCCGCACCAUGCAUGCUUCAGUCACUACUUUGAGUCGUCUCUAUGUAAUCGGCGGGAAAACUAGCGGGUCCACACGCUGCACACAAAGCCUGCCAGAUGUUGAGUACUAUGAUCCAUUGCGCCGCACUUGGAAGUCGGUCAGCCCACUGCCACGCCGGAUCUACUUCCCAGAGGCAGCAGCAUGUGGAAGUGUGAUCUACGCACUUGGCUCUGAGCUGGAAAUGUCAGAAGCCUUCAACCCGUCACUGGACUGCUUCUUCCGCUAUGAUACCAUUGCUGAUCAGUGGUGCCAGCUAGUGGCUGAGUUCGGCCAGUUCUUCCAUGCUACACUUGUCAAGGCUGUGGCUAUUAAUGACACGCUGUACUUAUGUGACCUGUCUACCUACAAAGUGUACAGCUUCUGCCCAGACACUUGUGUGUGGAAGGGUGAAGGCUCGUUUGAGUGUGCUGGCUUCAACGCUGGGGCCAUAGGUGUGCGGGACAGAAUCUACAUCCUGGGUGGGGACUACUCUCCGGAUGAGAUCACGGAUGAGGUGCAGGUAUACCACAGUGGACGCUCUGAAUGGGAGGAGGUGGCACCUAUGCCUCGGGCACUCACUGAGUUCCAUUGCCAGGUGCUCAAUUUCAACCGGUACAGAGACCCUUGGAGGUCAGAGCCAGCUGAAACACUGUGAAAGAAGUCAUGAAUAUCAUCUGAGCUUGCAUGGACGCACAAACCGUUCACAUAGGUACUAAAUCACUAUAGAUAUUCCAGGAAAAAAGCAUGCAUGUUUUGCACACCUCCUACUAAACUACACACAUGUUCACUGUCAUAACAAAACCCUCCAAAAUGGACAAAAUGUUCUUAACUGAGCCCCAAGGAACACAAAUCUGUGGGGACACAAUAUACAUGUACAUAGCCUAUAAAUCACUUUCUGAUGUCCACUAAAUAGCUGAUAUAUUUCACCGAAGUUCUCCUC